AUGGCUCUGAAGCUGCAGCAUCAGAGCCUCUUACCUUCAAGGUUCGAGUUAUUUUUAUCUUCAAAUCUGAAAUCCGUCCUCUUAUUUCUGGUUUCGCUAUACGGUUUAUUAUUUGGAAUCGGUGGCGAUGUUGGAAUUCUGAUGAUUCCAGGGUUUUUGCGCGGAGCCGCUCCGUUGUUUUCUUCUCUACUGAUAUUGUAUAUUCGCUUGCUUUCAAUUCAAUAUAAGCCGAUACUGAUGGCCUAUCCCAUUGGUUUGUAUUUUAAGGCCAUUAUAAUCCGAGUUCAAUGGUCGGGGCACCCACCCGGUGUUAAAAAAAUGGAUAUAUUAUGGAAUGAAUCUUCAGAAAUCAUUUGAGAUUAACACUUUUUUUACGAGGCUUUUACCUGUGUUUUGUGUUUCAGCGGAGAGAACGUACGUCUACCAAGCAAACUGCCGUGCAUCCACCGUCCAUAUCAGCAAUCAAUUUUUCUAAACCGGCUCGUUCAGUAUCGGAAUAUUCACAGACAGAGGUUUCGGUUGAAGAAUAGAUUUCCAGAAUACGAUAAGUGCAUCGUUAGUUCCAGGUGGCUAGUGUCUGCAAAGCACCGUUCUCGCAAUUCACAAAAAAAAAGGACACCACAUUCCAAUCUACUAUCCUCUGCGAAUGAAAGUGUAACUGCUAAUGGAACUCCACGAGCAACUUCAAGGAGUGAGGUGGAAAAAAUAGUGGUACCAGUCGAACAGCCUUUGGAAGGUGAGGACAUCAGCAGUAGACUUGUACAGUCUCUGCAUGAUGCAGCCAGAUCAAUUGAAUUGGCUCUCACAGAGUACAGCUCAUCAGUUAAGUCAUCUUGGUUCUCAAAGGCAUGGAUUGGUGUGGACAAGAAUGCGUGGACAAGGACAAUCUCCUACCAGGUUAAUUACGUGCCUUCAUUUGCAAACCUGGCUUAGUAGACAUGACUUGGAGAACUUCUGCUUUAGUUAAACGACCCAGGACGUAAGCUUAAUUUAUAAAGUUGACAUACAAAUGUGGGUCUACAUGGGAUUUUUUAUGACAAUUGCCACAGUCUCCAGAUGUUUUUUUUUUCUACCUUAUAGCUUGACAUUUUUAUCAAGACAAUUUUUCUGAUAAAGUUAAGCGCACCACCUUUUGCCUAAAAAAAUUACACACCUUAUAUUAGCAAGGUAUAUAGAUGGCUUGUUUCAGGUAAUCUAUAUGGUUAUGAUAGUGUCAAGUGUAGCAGAAUAUAUAAUCUUGGCAUGCAAAUAAUUUGUAUGAAGUGAUAUUGUGCAAUAACAUGACAUGUUGCUGUUCUCUGAGUAUCAGAAGCACCAUCUACACAACCUUGACAGAGUUGCACAUAGCAUCCACGAUGUAUUAUAAUCAAAAUUACUUACAUUUUUAUCUUUUCCACAAUAUUGAUAUUUUUAAAGAGUUGAACCUUUAAUGGAUGCCAGUUUUGCGUCGCAAUUGAACAAUGAUUUCUGUAUUCUUACUGGCUUUCGACUUUAUUGAUUUUUUGGAUAUAAAAUUUGGAUAGCCCUAAGGUUGGCUGGUUGAAAUUGCUCGAACCUCACAUACCACCUUCAGGAUAUUUUAUCUACAAGGGGGUAGAUCUUUUCUAAUUAUGACAAUUAUAAAUAUAUUUUAGUAACUUUUUCGGUAUUUAGAUUUUUUUUUUGUGAUUUCACCUCAAAAACUAUUUCUCAUCUCAUUAAAUGCCAUGAACGCAGUGUAAUACUCAAAACGAAGUCAUGAGAUGCUUGUUUUGUUGGAGGGCAUGGUUUACAUGGCAUGCCUUGAAGCAUUUAUUUUUUCAUGCAAGUCGAAUUCAGUUUGGAUCGGUAGGUUUAUUUCCAUCACGUUGUCUGAAAUUCCUGGGAUUGUAUCAGGCUGCGAUAUAUUGCUUGCUGCAAGCUGCAGUGGAAAUUUCAUCACGUGGGGAUGGAAGGGACAGAGAUGCUAACGUUUUCGUGCAAAGGAGGUAAUUAGACACUGGAAACAGGACUUCUUUUUUCUUGGCAUAAUUUCAAUAUUUCAUUAUGUCAUUAUCUGUCGUUUUUUAGAGCUGGGCCUUUUUUCUUGCUCAUGUUGGAUUAUUUUCUCUUUCAUUAGUGUGUAGGUUCCAUUUCUUUAAGAAAUCGAAUUGAAAUUUUAGUCAUCACUUCUAUCAAUUUCUGUUUAAAGGAUAAACGAAAUUUACAGUGAGUGACAUGUAUUCCUGUUAACGUCAAUCUAAAUGACGUGUAUUUCUGCAGUAAGUGUCUGGCUAUCAAAAUGAUGUCAAUCUAAAUGCAAAGAAAUGAACUAAUUAAUCGACUUGAUGGCUCAAUAAUAACUAAAAUGACGUGAAGUCAACUUACAGUGACCAACAUAUUUAAUUGAGUCAUAUCUCUCAUUCAUUCAGAUUUUCAUUUAUCAUACUCUGAUUUUAUGGUUCUAUUUUCUCAACAUAUCUAUUACCCAGGAACAAGAUGUUGAAACAAAAGGGUGAACGUAAUCAAAGUUAGUGGGUUAUUAUGUCCUGAUUGGCGGUAGUUAGCUGAAGACUCCAUCAAUUAAUUUCUUUUCUAUGUGGAAUAAGAUUAAUUAUGAAACGUAACUUCAUCUCAUCUUAGUUGCUCUGGAUGUUUCGUGGGCAUUAAGUUGAUUGAAGUGGGGAGUUAUUGGAAAUGAACCUUUGCUAACCUUGUCCAGAUUAAAUGAGAAUGCCUGGAAAUCUGAAGGUACUCUGACCAAUGAAUUAUCAUCAUGAUCUUUGGUUUUUGUUGAGUUUUUUUCCUUGAUUUUAUUCCCAAAGUUUUCAUGAGAGAGGGAAGAUUAGAACUGUACUAUUUUAAAUAUUACCGGAUCAUGUUUAACAGUUAUUAAAAAAGAUGAAGCAAAAAGGAGUAUUUUAACACAUUUGUGAAUAACUGGAGUUUGCAUCUCUACCGCUACCAGGUUUUUGUUUUUUUUUCUUCAAUUGCUUUCUAUCUCUCUGCUAGCCUCUGGCUGAACCGUGAUAUCAUUGGGUCGAAGAGCUCUGUUGCAGCCAAAAUCACCCUUAAGAAGGCUAACCUGGAGAGGAUGCCCGCUGCUCUUCCUUUUCACACCGUUUGAAGCAAUUUUGACAGCGCUAUUUUUCUCAAUGCCAUUAUUUCUCCUGCUCUCUCCUUUAAUAGAAAGAGAAAGAGAGAGUCAGGACCUCUAAGAGGGGGGAGAGGACUUCCAAUUUAGUUCGGGAAAUGAAGCCUGCUAUUGGCUUGCCAAUAAUAAACGAUGAAGAAAUAGAAGAAAAAAUUGUAGGGAAGAAAAAUUGGGAUAACUUGGAUUUUUAGUAACUUCACUGUAGAAGAGUGGGAAAAUAUUGGUUGUUUGUACGAACAAGAAACUAGAGGGGAAACUUUCCCUACCGUUGAUUGUUGAUUCCUGUUAUGUAUGAGUGAAACCUUGAUGAAGUUAUUUUUUAACUUAGAUCAAAAUGUAAAGCGGGAAUCUUCUCUAUUUUUAUGCAUUACUUCAUUUGCUUCUUAUGGUGGCUGUGUUCAUUCGAUGCAGUUUAAUGAGACUAUCUGUACCGCUAGAGACCAUGAUCAGGGAUGAAUUAUCUGCGAAGCAGGCUUCUGCUUAUGAGUGGUUUUGGACGCAACAGUAUCCAACGGUUGUUGCAUCUUUUGUCCAUCUUCUAGAAAGGGAGCCACAGUUUCAGGCUGCUACAACAAUGUAUGGCUUUGCUUGUGAUUUUUAUUAGUUACAAAUAUCGUGAUAUACUUUGGAGAUGUAAACAGCACAAUCUUUAUUUAUUUCUGACAGAUGCUGGAAUGGGCCGUCUUCUAGUUCAAGCAGAGUGCACGAUCCAUCUCUGCUUAUGCUUUCGUUGAGCUGUAUUGCUGCAGUCACAAAGCUUGGUCAAACAAAAGUUUCCUGCACACAGUUCUUCUCUGGCAUCCCAGAUGUAACUGGUAGAUUGAUGAAUAUGCUGGUCGAUUAUGUUCCCGUAUGGAAGACCUACUCUUCCAUGAGAGAUAUCGGUUUGUGCAGAGAGUUUCUUCUGCAUUUUGGGCCUCGAGCUGCUUUAUGUAGGGUGAAAAAUGAUCAGGAUGUUGAAGAGAUAUCUUUCUGGGUUGAUCUUGUGCAGAAACAAGUGCAGCGAGCCAUAGAUAGGGAAAAGAUAUGGUCAAGGCUAACUACAAGUGAAAGUAUUGAGGUUUGUGCUUAAGCCUCAUUGUCUGUGGAAUUCUAGAUAUGACAACUUUUUCAUUUCGUUUUCUUCAUUACCUCUUUGAUGCUCUCCAGCUUUCUGAAAAAUUAAACUAUUCAUCUUGUUUGUUCGAAUGAAAAGGUGGGGGACUGGUUGGUGGUCUUCACACCUGACAGAUUUACCUUAAAACUGGCUGCAGUCCAGAUGAAACAUGUAGAAGGAAAUUCGCUGAUUCCAGUUUUCCUUAUUCUUGAAGAUCAUCAGUUAUAUUUUCCAAAUAUCGUUUCUAUAUUUGACAGCCAGUUACAUCGUGAAUUUAUUGCUUUACCUGAUAUCUGCAUUGAUCACGUUAUCUUGUUUUAUCUGUAAAGUUCUCUGUUGUGUGAACAAUACAUGGUUUGCUUAAUGUUAUGAAUUUCGUCGUAUGAACAUUUAUGAAUGGCUUUUUAUCAGAUACAUGCAUGAAAUGAAAAAAGCAGGUGCUCAAUCAAUUAUUGUCAGAUGCGAUGUCAAGAUUGGGCAGUCAGUAUUUUUCAGGUUAUUAAUUGCAAAUCACAUUGAACUGUUUUUUAAUCAUAAUUAUGUCCUCAUGAUACAUUGAACUGUUUUUCUAUUGAUUGUUCUUUACUUCCACAUCACGUUUAACUGAUUAUUGGUUUUCAUUGUUUAUUCACGAUGCAUUCUUUUCCCAUUUAUUUCAAUAAUUUUUCCUGAAGAAUUCUGGAGAUCUUUGUUAUGUAGAAUUUCUUACUUCCAACUGUUAUCUAACAAUCCAGAGGUGGAAAUAAAUCCUGGAGUACAGCAUUUUUAGAUUAUUCAUUCGAGCAUUAUUUAAUAUGAAGAAGACUACAGUUUUCUUCAAUAGAUAUGAUAGAUUUAUUCUUGCUGCUGUAGGUUCUGGAAAAGGACUUGGCAAUAUUUGGAUUUUUUAUUGCCCUCGGGAGAAGUACAAAGUUAUUUUUGUCAAAAAAUGGCUUUACCGACGUUGAUGACCAGAUUGAAAGCUUCAUUAGGUAUGGACUACGACACUUGUUUCCUAUCAUGAUGAAGUGGGGGUUCCUGAGAUUUCAUAAAAAUGAGAAGAAAUUGGAAAUUCCAAGUUCCGUUGUUUACUAUCAUGUGGCUUUUAUUGAUAAUCAGUGGCACCAAGAAAUACUGCUUAAGAGAUGAAGCAACUUUUUGUUGGGAGGGGGGUGUUGAUUGACGAUAUCACUCGUCCAACAGCAGUUUUAUUAAUAUAAAAUGCUAAGUUCUGGAGGAUUUCUAAAAGCUGGGUAUGGAGAUCUGGGGAGCCCCUCUAUCCUCAUGGGUCUUCCCCUUUUCAUCGGGGCGAUUACCCUUGCCCUAACUGAUUUCCAUCUGGUCGUUUCAGUUAUCUUAUCGGGGGAAGUGCCUUGUAUUAUCCACAGUUGUCCUCCAUAAGCUCUUAUCAGUUAUAUGUUGAGGUCAGCAAGUAAGCAAUUUAUAUUCUGCAAAGUUUCUGAGCAUCUCAUUGGAUGGGCAUCAUCUUUUUCUUUUCAACUUUUCUCUGUAGGUUGUCUGUGAAGAACUCGACUGGUUGCCUUUCUAUCACACGAACCUAAUUGGCUAUAAGCAAACCCAAGAAAAUAAGGGUCAAGGGGGAGAUCUUGCUCAGGAAGUAGUUCCUCAAGUAUUAGAUUCAUGCUCUCACUGGAUGAAAAGCUUUAUUAAGUACAGCACGUGGGUGGAGAACCCUUCAAACAUAAAAGCCGCAAGAUUCCUUUCCAACGGGUAAAUUGCUAAAUGGAGUUAUUGCCAUCGUUUUGUUAUUUUUACUUCUACUCCACUUUUAGAUGUUGAAAUACAUUUUACUUUUAAUUUUCCUACAAUUUAGACACAGCAGGCUGGAGGAAUGUCGGCGAGAACUAGGGAUAAGAAGGUAAGUUGCUAGGCUAUAAGUGAUCCCUUUUCUGUUUUUAGUUUUGGAAUUCCUUUAGUCUUUGCACGUGCCCUGAUGCGUUAGUGUUAUGCCCACAGAAUUGAAGUGAAUGAAAAUGGGGGAGGUGAAAGUGAGAAUAGUAGACCUGCAACGUCCUCGUCGAUUGAAAGAGAACUGGAUUCCUUUGAUAAGGUAUAUACACUACCAUGAUAUAUGAAUUUAACUCCUAUAUUUUUGCUUAGAAGGACACGUUGUCCGGGUUUUAGGUCGAUAGAAACUGAGAUUGGGGAUUUUUUUUGUGUGUAGGAUCUCAAGAAAUAUUUGUUUGGUUGGUGGCUUAGAAAAAUGAGAAAGAAGAACAAAAUAAUUUGACUUGCAUGAUAUUUUAGAUUCAUACUUUCUUGCAUGAACUUAUGAUCUUGGCGUCCUGACUGCAAAGAUAUUACCAUGAUCUACAAGGGGCAUCUAGUUUUGUCUCUUGUCUAAAGCGUUUCUUCCUGUGUGGAAAAUUUGUUGCGGCCCACAUCAUAAUGGUUUCAUGUCCGAGCAGUAUCUCUUGCUAGUCUAAUCUCCUUUAGAUAUCUGUUUAUCAUGUGAGAUUGCUAGUUUUGGCAGUUGCAAAAUUUCCUGAUUUUAGCUUAAUAUGCAAAAAAAAAAAAAGAGUCAAAGUGUAGAUGGCAAAAAGUCAAAGUUUUUGACAUUUUACACACGCUUCUCAUGGGUGCUUUCUGUCAUGGUAACAUACAUGAUUACAGGCACUGGAGAGUGUGGAAGAAGCCAUAAACAGAUUAGAGGAAUUACUACAAGAGUUGCAUCUUUCAAACUCCAACCACGGCAAGGAGCAUCUCAAGGCCGCAUGCUCCGAUCUUGAGAGGUUGAGAAAGCUCAAGAAAGAGGCUGAAUUUCUGGAGGCAUCAUUCAGAGCAAAGGCUGCGUCACUGGAGGAGGUAUCCUGUUUGAAUUCCUGAAUUUUGAUAUUGCGAGCGACUUUAUUGCUUCGCCAUCUUCAUAAAAACCAUUAAAAAACUGUGCACACCAGUUCAUCCGUGCUUCACCAGAGGUACAUAUUUGCAGCUUACUGUUGCCAUUUCUUUUUAGAAACGACCAGUGAAUCUCUUCAGCUGACGCCUUCCGCUUCUGUCUGGUUCAUAAGAAAAAAAAAAAAAACUGUAUAAUAUAAAUUGUUCCUCUUCUCCUUUCUCAUGGUUUUUUUUUUUUUAAAAAAAUAUGACAGGGCGGAAAGGUGUAUAACGACUCCGAGCCCGAUGGGAGCCCUUCAGACGGGUAAUGUUUCUGGAUCAAAUCUAAUCACAAAUUCCUCAAGCAGCUCCAUCUUUUUCUUUUCUUUUCUCUUUUUCUUCUUCUAAUUAAUCGAUGGAUUUAAAGGGUCGGGUAAUUAAUCUAGUAGUUUACCAGAAGAAGGUGCAGGGAUUGAUGCAUGUGAUGGGAAAUUGCUUUUUUUUUUAUCAGGGUAGACGGCAAACCCCAAGGUUUCUGGAGCUUCUUGGUACGCCAUUCAACAAGAAAGAGCGAGCCCGGGUCAAGAACGGCGAAUGCCGACGUAUGGUACCACCUUAGAAUUUAUUUUUUCUUUUAAUUUUUUGAUUUAGAUCCUGUGGAUUGUUCGUUAAGCACUGGGUUGUGGUUUGUGCCACGUUCAGGGCGGCAAUCGCGCCGGAGAGACCGCUGAUUCCGGCGCGGCCAAACCAGACGCCGACCUGAACGAGAUCCACCGCUUCGAGCUUCUGAGACACGAGCUGUUCGAGCUCGAGAGGCGGGUCCAGAGGAGCACCGACGGAUCACAUACCGACGAGGUGAGUGAGGAGCUCGCUUGGUUUCAUCCGCCGGAGAGAAAUCGACGAAGGAGGAGGAGCCCUCGAUCGACAAUUUCGAUCUCCAAUUCAUAAUUCGGUCAUGCUGUGUUCUUCAUGCUAGCUAACUGAUGAUCCCUUCUUCUUCUUCUUCGCGGCGUGUCUUCUGUAUCAGGACCAGGAGAUCUCUGUGGACGGGAGGGAGGGAGUGGCGGUGCAGAAGGGAGCGGCGGUGGAGAAGAGGAAGGAGGAGAACAUCCUCGCGAAAUCGAUCGACAAGUUCAAGAGAGCCAGCACGGUGCCGCCUCCUCCUCCUCCUCCCCUUUCUUCCUCGAGAAGAGCCAAACAAAAAUUGGUCGCCAGAAUUUGAAUCAGAAUCUGCUCUCUCUCUCUCUCUCUCUCUCUCUCUCUCUCUCUCUCUGGUCGCAGGACGUCUGGCAGGGGACGCAGCUGCUGGCCAUCGACGUGGCGGCGGCGACGGAGCUGCUGAAGCGGGGCAUGUCGGGAGACGAGCUCACGACCAAGGAGAAGAAGGCCAUCCAGAGGACCUUCACGGACCUGGCCUCCGUCGUCCCCAUCGGCUUCCUCAUGCUCCUCCCGGUUAGGGCUUCUUCCUCAGCCCCAUCCCCCCACAACCCUAACCCUAACCCUGUAACUCGCCUCCACCCUGCAGGUCACCGCUGUCGGCCACGCCGCCAUGCUCGCCGCCAUCCAGAGAUACGUGCCCGCCCUGGUACGCCUCUUCUUCUCCUCCUCCUCCCCUCUAGGAUUUCUUCUUCUUGCUUCUUCCUGUAGGGUUUCUAACUCUCGGUGCUGUGAGCAGAUUCCGUCGACCUACGGGCCGGAGAGGCUGGACCUGUUGAGGCAGCUGGAGAAGGUGAAGGAGAUGGGCCCCGCCGAGGCGCCAACGGACGAAAACGCAGCAGAGGCUAUGCUCCCCCCGAGCUGA